UUCUUUUCUCAUUACCAUACCUCUUUCACCGAUCUUCUCGUUUCUUUCACAAUUAUUAGUUUUUGAUCAUCCUCAUGACGAAAAUGGGUUUCAAACCCGACUCCAACCCGAGCCCGAACCCGAACGAGAGUAAUGCCAAAGAGAUUCGUUACAGAGGCGUGAGGAAACGUCCAUGGGGAAGAUACGCGGCGGAGAUCCGAGAUCCGGGUAAGAAAACUCGGGUCUGGCUCGGAACGUUCGACACGGCUCAGCAAGCGGCGCGUGCUUACGACGCUGCAGCGCGUGAGUUUCGCGGCGCUAAGGCUAAGACGAAUUUCCCGACGUUUCUCGAGCUUAACGCGGCUAAAGACGGUGGUUUCGCUCGCAGUCCUAGUCAGAGCAGCACCGUCGACUCUGUCUCUCCGACGUCGGCGCGAUUGGUGACACCUCCGCAGCUCGAGCUCAGUUUAGGCGGCGGUGGUGGCGGCGCGUGUUACCAGAUUCCGGUUGCACGUCGUCCUGUUUACUUCUAUAACAUGACGACGUUUCCGGCGGCGGCGGCGGCAACGUGUGGGGUCCAGAGCGAGUCAGAUUCGUCGUCCGUCGUUGAUUUCGAGUGUGGAGCCGAGAAGAAAUAUCGUCCGUUAGAUCUGGAUCUUAAUUUGGCUCCUCCUGCGGAAUAGGCCGUCAGGUUCUUUUCAUUUGUCCGAACGUUGUUUAGUCUGUGACGCGUCGCGUUUUCUUAUGAAGAGAAAAUCGCGUUCUCCUCUUAGUUUUUUUUUUUCUUAUCUAAAAAAAAUAUGUUAUCCGUAUUUUAGAAGAAAAUCGAGAUAGUUAAAUAAGCUGACAUGGAAAGAUCGUUAUGUAAAUAUUAUAAUCAACGUAACAGAAGUCAAAAGAUAUAUAUGAACUUUUGUUACAUAUAUAUAUGAUCUGUAUUCUCCUUUUUUUUGAUAACUGGUUUAGU